CUUUACUCACAGAUAACCUGCAUGCGUCCCAGUUAUGUAUCAUAACUCCAUCUGUUUGAUCAGCCCAGGGUGUUUUUUCUGUUUGUACUAAGCAAGUGAAACGGUUAAGUCUGAAGUUCACGGUGAAGCAGCCUGUGCGCUUUUUUCAGAGCAUUAGCCAGCUUCAUCCAAACAAAAUGGGUGUCCUUUUUGGAUUAUACAUCUUGGGGAUUAUAUUCACAGCUGUUCUUUUACUCCUUUUGGCAUCUGCCACAUAUCAUCCACUGAAAAAUUAUAUAGGAAAAUGGAACGAAAUGAGACCAAUUCCAGGAAUGCCGGGCGCUUAUCCAAUUAUUGGCAACGCACUGCAAUUUAAAACCAAUGCAGGCGAUUUUUUCAACCAGAUUAUUGAGGGCACAAAUGAAAACAGACACCUUCCUCUAGCAAAAGUUUGGGUGGGCCCAGUCCCCUUUCUGAUCUUGUAUCAUGCAGAGAAUAUUGAGGUGGUCCUCAGUAAUUCCAAACACCUUGACAAGUCAUACUCAUACACGUUCCUGCACCCCUGGCUCGGCACAGGCCUGCUCACCAGCACAGGGGAGAAGUGGCGUAACCGGCGUAAAAUGCUGACUCCAACCUUCCACUUCUCCAUCCUGUCUGACUUCCUGGAGGUGAUGAAUGAACAAACGGAUGUUUUGAUUCAAAAGAUGCAGAAGCACAUAGACGGAGAGCCAUUCAACUGCUUCAGCUACAUAACAUUAUGCGCUUUGGACAUCAUAUGUGAAACUGCAAUGGGAAAGAAGGUCUAUGCUCAGAGCAAUUCCGACUCGGAGUAUGUCCAAAGUGUCUAUAAAAUGAGUGACAUCGUCUCUAAGAGACAGAGAGCACCAUGGCUGUGGCUAGACAGGAUCUACAACAUGUUAGAAGAAGGCAAAGAACAUUCUAGAAGACUGAAGAUUCUCCAUUCCUUCACUGCAAGUAUUAUUUUUACACAAUUUUCUGUGUUUUCUUGAAGGUCAUCAAGGAGAUCGAAGUUCAUGACCUCUGGACCAGACAGUGAUUCUGACCAAGGGCCGAGGAAAAGACAGGCCUUCCUAGAUAUGCUGUUAAAAACGACUUAUGAGGAUGGACAGAAUCUGAGUCAUGAGGACAUUCAGGAGGAAGUGGACACCUUCAUGUUUGAGGGUCAUGAUACCACAGCAGCUUCAAUGAACUGGGCUUUACAUCUGAUUGGCUCCCAUCCUGAGGUCCAGAAGGCGGUGCAGGCAGAACUACAGGAAGUGUUUGGUUCGUCAGACCGCCACGUGGGGCUGGAGGACCUGAAAAAGCUGCGCUACCUGGAGUGUGUCAUUAAGGAGAGUCUGCGGAUCUUCCCCUCCGUGCCUCUGUUUGCACGCAGCAUCUGCGAGGACUGUCAGAUCAAUGGGUUCAAAGUCCCUAAAGGAGUGAAUGCUGUUAUCAUACCAUAUGCUCUUCACCGGGACCCGCGCUACUUUCCAGAACCUGAGGAAUUUCGACCGGAAAGGUUUCUGCCAGAGAACAGCAAAGGGAGGCAUCCAUAUGCGUACAUCCCUUUUUCUGCAGGGCCAAGAAACUGCAUAGGCCAGCGCUUCGCCAUGAUGGAGGAGAAGGUAAUUCUUGCUACGAUCUUGCGUCACUUUGACGUAGAGGCGUGUCAGAGCCGUGAGGAACUGCGGCCUCUGGGGGAACUCGUUCUGCGUCCCGAGAAGGGCAUUUGGAUCAAACUACAAAGGAGAACCAAAUAACUCUCACCACCAUUAAAACUUAAGGUCGCUUUAGUCCUCACAUCGCUGAUAUUCUAGAGUUGUUGUGCUGCUAGUUAUGAGCAGAUUCAAAUGCAACUUGCUUACUUCUUUGCAUUUUCUGUUUUGAUUUUGUGGGAAAUUGUGUGGAAUGAUGGUAAAAGGAGAGCUGAGUGUAUCAGGCCCUUAUCGGUAGCUGAAGGCGCAAUUAAAUUAGUCAAAAAUUUAUAUAAACAAACACCCAAGGGGAGGCAGAAGUUUGUAAAUGACAGGCGUUCUGAUUCCAUUCGGACCUAGUUAUGAGUUCGAAAUAGUGUACAGCCAGAAGCUAAAUAGCACAAAAUAAGCUAAGAUAGGAUGAUCAGUUUAUUGACGACCCCAGCACAGCUACUUACCAUGUAAAUGUACAUAAUACAUUGGUCUGAGUUGAAAUUAUCAUGCAAGUAGAAAGAGACAGUAGUGUAUUUUACAUUAAACUAGCACAGUAAGUGUGACCAUUUUAAAUUGUAGAUUUUAGUGGUCAUUCGCUUAAUAUAUUUAACUAGAGAAUAUUACAAUGUACUGAUCAGAAUCAGAUCUGGAAAUCAACUCAAUGCGAGGCAAAACUAUUUUUAUAGUUUUUAUAGUUUUCAUUCUAUGAUACUGAAACAAAUAUAUAGUGUAGAUAUUUUAUAAAUCUUUCAAUAUUAAUCUGUGUAUGCUUUUUUCUGUUUUGCUGAAUGUAUGAUUAAUAAACAUAAAAAUUUAAUUAAGUUUGUACUCGAAUACUAAGAUUACACAUUAGUCCUGUCAAACGAUUAAUUGCAAUUAAUCGCAUCCAAAAUAAAAGUUUUUGUUUACAUAAUAUAUGUGUGUGUACUAUGUAUAUUUAUUCAUUAUAUAUAAAUACACACAAAUACAGAGUAUAUUUUUAAAAUAUUUACAUGUUUUAACAUGUAUAUAUUUCUAUUCAUAUAAUUUAUAAUAUAUAAAUAUAUUUAAUAUAUAAACAUAACAUUUUUCUGAAAUAUAUACGUGCAAGUGUGUGUAUUUAUUUCUACACCUAAUAAAUAUACACAGUACACAUAUAUUAUGUUAACAGAAACAUGUACACAUUAAAUUGAUCAAAACUGAUAGUAAAGGCAUUAAAAAAGUUACUAAAGAUUUGUAUUUCAUGUAACACAAAAUAGUUGUUUUCAGCAUUGAGGUUAAUAAAUAGAUUUUCCUUGAGCAGCAAAUCAGUAUAUUGGAAUGAUUUCUCAAGGAUCAUGUGACACUGAAGACUGGAGUAAUGAUGCUGAAAAUUCAGCUAUGCCAUCACAGUAAUAAAUUACAUUUCAAAAUACAUUAAAAUAGAAACAAAAAGUUAUUUUUAAAUUCUAAUAACAUUUCACAAUAUUACUAAUAUUAUUAUUUUUGUGUCAAAUAAAUAUUCUUAUUCAAAAUAAUGAAAAAAAUUACCAAUUCCAGACUUUUGAAUAGUAAUGUAUUUUAGAUGAUUAUAUAAGAUUCAACCAGAGUCAAAUUCACAGAUCUGUUGCUGAAAUGCCAAGCAAUAAAACAACUGGCACUUGAAGCCCUCAAGGCUCUUCAUUAUUAGUCAGCUCAAAUUGCUGGAUGAAAACAAAUCUUUGGCAAGUGUUUUCAGACUAAACCGUGUCUGCACAUCCCACCCACACCUUAUUCAAAUACACAGGUUGAAAAUAAGUAACGUCUGUAAUCAAACUGACAUUCAUCACAGUGGAAUGUCGAGAGGCUUUCAUUUAAUAGAUAUGUUUUCUUUAAUUAAAAAAGAAGUUUAAAUCUCAGUGUGUACUUUGUCCCAGUCAACAAAAGAAGAAGUGAUUUUCAUCAAAAGAUCCAUUUAGCUCAAAAAUGGUAAUGUGACAUGCAUUUGAUAUUAAUUGGGGCAAUAAAUAUUUGUUUGUUUA